AUGUAUAAAAUCGUAGCUCGUAGUGGUAUUUUUCCCAAAUGGAAUAGUUUAAAAAAUGUAAGGUAUAUUAGUGCUGGACCUCCUCGACCAGAAGGCCCUUUGUUUCCAAGGAACGAUGAUUUUCCUGCCAGACAUAUCGGACCCAGGGAGAGUGAUGUCAGUACUAUGCUGGAUACGUUGGGUUUCAAGAGUUUAGAUGAAUUGACCGAAAAAGCUGUUCCUAAAAAAAUUAGAUUGGAAGGAAGAUUAGACAUUGAGCCCCCGAUUAGUGAAUACGAACUUAUCAAAAGAAUCGCCACAAUUGCCGAAAAAAAUCAGAUAUGGCGCUCCUACAUAGGUAUGGGGUAUCACAAUUGCUGUGUACCUCACACAAUAAUGAGAAAUAUAUUUGAAAAUCCAGGAUGGACUACCCAAUACACACCUUAUCAACCAGAAGUUGCCCAAGGUAGACUCGAAGGGUUAUUGAAUUAUCAGACUAUGGUCAGCGAACUAACCGGUCUUGAAGUAGCAAACGCAUCCUUGUUAGAUGAGGGUACUGCUGCAGCUGAAGCUCUAGCUUUAUGUUACAGACAAAACAAGAGAAAGAAGCUUCUUGUCUCCCACUUGUUACACACUCAAACAAUUUCUGUAAUUCAAACACGAUGCCAGUCGUUGGGAUUAAGUGUUGAAGUAGUUGAUGUGUUUGAAGCUGAUUUUUCUGGGAGAGAUGUUGCAGGGGUUCUCUUCCAAUAUCCUGAUACUGAAGGAAAUAUUUUAGAUUUCGAUUCUGUAGCUGAUAAUGCACAUGCCAACGGUACUUUGGUAUGUUGUGCAACUGACCUGCUCAGUCUUACACUUCUUCGCCCACCAGCCGAAAUUGGAGUAGAUAUUGCAGUCGGUACUUCCCAAAGACUAGGAGUACCUCUAGGUUAUGGCGGUCCGCACGCCGGUUUCUUUGCUUGUAACCAAUCAUUGGUUAGAUUGAUGCCUGGUCGUAUGAUAGGAGUUACUCGAGAUGCCGCUGGAAGAGACGGCUACCGGCUAGCACUGCAAACCAGGGAACAGCAUAUUAGAAGAGAUAAAGCCACGAGUAACAUUUGUACAGCUCAAGCACUUUUGGCCAACAUGUCUGCUAUGUUUGCUGUAUAUCACGGUCCUCAAGGUCUUAAAGAUAUUGCUACCAAGAUACACAAUUUGACUUUGGUUUUGCACCAUGGUCUCCAACAAGAUGGAAACACUUUAUCAAACAAACUUUUCUUCGAUACAUUGAAGAUAUAUCCAAAACUUGACACAGAAGAAGUCAAGACGAGAGCUCAGGAAAAGAAGAUUAACUACAGAUAUUACAAUGACGGUGCUGUUGGUGUAGCCUUAGAUGAAACUGUUACUUUUGAUGAUGUAAACGAUAUAUUUUACACCUUCGGAUGUCAACAGAAAGUAGAAAAUAUUGUUAACAGUCCAAUGAUCCGAGAAAGGGCAAUUUAUAGAAGUGAAUAUAAAAGAACAUCACCUUUCUGACACACCCAGUUUUCAACUCACACCAUUCUGAAACAAGAAUAGUUAGAUAUAUGAAGAUACUGGAGAACAAAGAUAUUUCUUUAGUGCACAGUAUGAUACCUUUAGGAUCUUGCACUAUGAAACUAAACUCGACAACAGAAAUGAUGCCUUGUUCUUUCAAACAUUUUACUGACAUACAUCCCUUUGCACCUACAGAACAAUGCCAAGGCUACCAUCAGUUAUUCGAAGAAUUAGAAAAGGAUCUUUGUACAAUUACAGGCUAUGACAAGAUCAGUUUUCAGCCUAAUAGUGGAGCUCAAGGAGAAUAUGCUGGUUUAAGGGCAAUACAAUGUUACCACGAGGCAAAGGGAGAAACACAUCGUGAUGUAUGUCUUAUUCCCAUCAGCGCUCAUGGUACUAACCCAGCUAGUGCUCAAAUGGCUGGUAUGAAAGUCGAACCAAUUAAAGUACGUGCUGAUGGUACUAUAGAUGUAAGCGAUCUUAAAGCCAAAGCAGAGAAGUUUAGGAAUAACCUGUCUUGCUUGAUGAUCACGUAUCCCUCCACAAACGGAGUUUUUGAGGAGACUAUUGCUGAUAUUUGCAAAAUUAUACAUGAUAAUGGUGGACAAGUAUAUUUAGAUGGUGCUAAUAUGAAUGCUCAAGUAGGUCUUUGUAGACCAGGUGAUUAUGGCAGUGACGUAUCUCACUUAAAUCUACACAAAACUUUCUGUAUUCCUCAUGGUGGAGGUGGUCCUGGAAUGGGUCCUAUUGGUGUUAAAUCCCAUUUGGCUCCUUAUCUUCCAGGUCAUGCAGUCGUUACACCUCUUGGCCACAAUGUACUUCUGAAGGAGCGUAAGCGCUGCUCCUUAUGGAUCCAGUGCAAUUUUACCCAUAUCCUGGGCUUACAUAAAAAUGAUGGGACCGAAAGGUUUAAGAAAAGCUACACAAAUUGCUAUUUUGAAUGCCUAAUUAUAUGUCGAAAAGACUAGAACCUCAUUACACAACAUUAUUUAAAAGUUCAACAUCAAAUCUGGUAGCACAUGAGUUUAUUAUAGACACUAGGGAUUUUAAGAAAACGGCUAAGAUAGAAGCUGCAGAUAUAGCAAAACGAUUAAUGGACUACGGCUUUCACGCUCCUACAAUGAGCUGGCCUGUUGCUGGCACUCUCAUGAUAGAACCAACCGAGUCUGAAGACAAACAAGAACUUGACAGGUUCUGCGAUUCUUUAGUUUCUAUAAGACAAGAAAUAAGGGACAUUGAAGAAGGCCGUUCUGACGCUAGAAUUAACCCUCUUAAAAUGGCUCCACACACCCAAGAGCAAGUGAUAAGUAGCUCGUGGGAAAGACCGUACUCCAGAGAACAGGCUGCGUUCCCUGCACCAUUUGUUAAACCAGAAACUAAAGUGUGGCCUACAGUAGCUAGAAUAGAUGAUAUUUAUGGAGAUAAACAUUUAGUUUGUACUUGUCCUCCAAUUUUGGAUGAAUAUAAUUACUAG